AUGGCAGCUCAGUUCAAACAGGCGGCGGUGAAGAAAGCCUCAGAGAUCGCUCAACCAGGAGAGGUUCCCUGUGAUGUCUGUACUGGAGUCAGACUAAAAGCCCUGAAGUCCUGCCUUGUGUGCCUAUCCUCGUACUGUGAGAUUCAUCUGGAGCGGCAUCAGAAAGUGUCAGGAUUGGUAAAACACAAGCUCAUCGAGCCGCUAGAUAACCUUGAAAACAGGAUCUGCACAAAGCAUGAAGAACUCCUGGAGCUGUACUGUAAGACUGAUCAGAUGUGUCUGUGUCAGUUCUGUGCAGAAACAGACCACGAGUCCCAUGUUGUUGUUCCUCUGACAGAAGAGAGGCAAGGAAAGGAGAUCGAGCUUGGGGAGACACAGGCAGAGUUUCAGCAGAUGGUGCAGGAGCGAGAAGCGAAGAUACAAGAGCUGCAACAGUCGGCCACCUUCAGCAGGGAAGCUGCAGACAAAGAGAUAGCAGAGGGCGUGCAGGUUUUCACCGCUUUGACACAGUUUGUGGAGACAGGUCUGGGUCAGCUUACUCAACAGGUCAGACAGAAGAAGAAAUGUACAGCAAAGCAAGCUGAGGACUUCAUCAAAAUACUGAAUCAGGAGAUCUCUGAGCUGAUGAAGAGAAACGCUGAGUUGGAAGAGCUCUCACACUCUGAUGACCCUCUCCAACUUGUCCAAAGUCUUACAUCCUUGAAGGUCUCCCUCCCCUCUAGGAACUGGACAGAAAUCAGCCUCCGUCAACCUUCAUAUGAGGGUACUGUAGCUAGAGCUUUGGCUGAACUGAAAGAAGCGCUCAGCAAAGGCAUGGAGACAUUUUUUGAAGCUGAGCUGAAGAGGGUGCAGCGAUACGCAGUGGAUGUUACUCUAGAUCCAGACACAGCACACCCCAAACUUCUCCUGUCUGAUGAUGGAAAACAAGUCAAUCACUGUGAUACAGUGAGGACUCUCCCAGACAAUCCAGAGAGGUUUUCAUUUUGUGUGAUUGUGUUGGGGAAGCAGAGCUUUUCCUCUGGAAGGUUUUACUACGAGGUCGAGGUUAAAGGGAAAACUAAGUGGGAUUUAGGAGUCGUCAGCGUGUCAGCCCACAGGAAAGGACAGAUCACAGCUUGUCCUGGAGAAGGAUACUGGACUCUGCAGCUGAGGAACGGAAAUGAGUACAUGGCUCUCACUGACCCUGACGUCCUCCUCUCGGUGAAGUCUCAGCCUCAGAAAGUGGGCGUAUUUGUCGAUUAUGAUGAGGGUCUGGUCUCCUUUUACAAUGUUGAUGCUGCAGACAUUAUCUACUCCUUCACCUGCUGCUCCUUCACUGAAAAACUCUGCCCAUUCUUCAGUCCUUGCUUCAAUGACAGUGGUGACAACUCUGCACCACUGAGGAUCUCUGAUGUUCAUAAAAGAUAA